AUGCUAGAUUGUCAAGCUAUUGCUAGCAACCAGGGCAAAGGAUCAGGACAUUACGUAAGAGUACAAGAAACUAACAAAGCAAAAAAAUAUUUGUUGAUGCUAAGAAUCUACAGGACAAAGCUAUUUUCAAAGAAUACUCUACUAGAAUCUGUAUCGGUCUCAAUUGAGAUAAGAUCGUCUAUUCUUAUGAUUAAAUAA